UUUUUUUUCUUGUUGCUGUCAUUCAGGGAUAAUAGCUAGAAAGACCUUUCUAGUGACUCUUAACUUGAACCACAUUGACAGGGACAGCAGCAGGAAGCAAAGCAGCAAACAAGAAAAAGAAGGAAAGAGAGAUAAUUAUUUUACAUGGAUUCCCUCUUUUUCCCCACUGAUAAGGAUUAAAAUCCAAAGAGGAGACCAGAGCUUCUGAGAUAAUCCAUAAGAGACCUCAUUCCUCCUCACUGGAAUACACAGAUAAACACCGAUCACGGUUUUACACACACACACAUACAAACACAAGAGAAAAACAAUGAUAUAGCAACAACACACAUACCAUAUUAAAGUAGAGUUGAAAUCCGGACCAACAGCUUCACAAAUACAUAGGGGAAAAAGUAUCCUGGGAUCUCCACCAAACCUCUCAUCAUGAGUUCUGGACAAGCGUGCAUCUUUCUUAGAGGAGGAAAGAGGAGACAAUCAAGAAAUCUCACACAUGAUGAAAUAGAAGAGUUACGUGAGGCUUUUGAAGAGUUUGAUAAGGACAAGGAUGGUCUGAUAAGCUGUAAAGACCUGGGGAACCUGAUGAGGACCAUGGGCUACAUGCCAACCGAAAUGGAGCUGAUACAACUGGGCCAGACCAUCAACAUGAAUAUGGGAGGGAGGGUGGACUUUGAAGAUUUUGUGGAACUAAUGACCCCCAAGCUUCUGGCUGAAACGGCAGGGAUGAUUGGACUGAAGGAACUUAAAGAUGCUUUUAAAGAGUUUGACAUGGAUGGAGACGGCGCUAUCACAUCUGAUGAGCUGAGGCAUGCCAUGAUGAAGUUACUGGGCGAACAAACCAACAAAAGUGAGAUUGAUGCAGUCGUCAGAGAAGCUGACAACAAUGGAGAUGGAACAGUCGACUUUGAGGAGUUUGUGAAAAUGAUGUCACGGGAAUGAGGAUCACAAACACAAGAUAUAUAAUUGUGAAUGGAGAGGAAUUAUUUUUGUGGAAUUUUAUGCUAAUGAUACUUGUAAUGGAUAAUUUUAUGCAUCUAGUUGAUAUUUUUCUCAUGCACAAAGUCACAUUGAGCCACUCCAAUGGAAUGAAGUUUACCACCUGAAAAGAAAAUGCUGUACUUUCAUUUCGUGGCAGACUUGCAGCAGAUAAAGUUAAUUAAAUGUGAUUGUAAUAUUGUAGCUCUGGACUGUCACAGCCUCCAUUCUUUGUUGAUGUUUUUGGCUCAGAAAUCACAGCAAAUUAGUCAAGGACUGGAUGGUCAUUGAAGGUUAUCCGCAAUUCAUUCAAGACACAGAUAAAUCUGCACUUAUUGUUAGAAGACAAUCUACAUUUUGUAUCUCUAAAAUCUAUUUGACUUUUAGCUCCCUUAUAUCCCUCCCUUUUAUAUUCUUUUUGUUUCCGUAAAUACUGGGAGAACAAUGGACUGAAUUCAAGGAGAAAUGUGUGUGUGCAAUUGAAAGCCCUGGAUGGGCUGUUUGUAAAUCAGUGAUGAUGGACAAUCACAUUACAGAGCGCCAAGAAAAUUCACGUUUUCCCUCCAACCAGACGUCACCAAGUGACACCAAUGGACACACCCAGUGAUCACCAGUCGAUGAAAACCUGCAUGCUCUUGGCCCACCACAGCACAAUUUCUCAUUCCUGUUGUAAAUAGACUGUUGUUAACCUUGAAACAAUAGCAUUAACUCAUACAGAAUGAUAACUUAUCAUUAAAGUAGCACUGGCGGUGUAAAUUAUACUUGCAUAUGAAUGAAUCAAUGUUUUGAUGCAGGAAUAAAUUUUUCUGACACAA